AGUGCUUUUUCAGUGUGGUCCACACCAUGCCUUCUACAAAGGAGACUCGCCAAGUGCUGCCUGAAGCUUCCGAGGCUCCCAAACCCGUUCGUGAGGAGGAUGCGGCCCUGCAAGAGUUGGAAGACUCUGAGGAUACUCCCGGUUUCGAAAUUGGAGACGAUAUUGUUGAAAAUGCAAGUACACAUGCCAGUGGUGAUGAGGAAGGGGAGGAAUCUUCCGAGACUGAGGACGAUUACGAUUCGGACGACUCUGAUGAUGAGUAUACUCGGAACCGUAUAGGCAAAGUACCGCUGAAGUGGUAUCUCGACAACCAUGAUCAUAUUGGUUAUGAUAUCUCUGGAAAAAAGAUUGCACGCACUGUGAAGACUUCCGAGAUAGAUACUCUCUUGAGAGCGGCUGAGGAUCCCGAUGCUUGGCGCACCGUCACUGAUAUCAAGAACGAUAGGGAGAUCAAGCUAAGUGACACCGACCUCAGGAUCAUACAGCGUAUCCGAAAGGGCUUUUUCCCUACUGGUCGUGGUGAUGGCGAUGAGGAUGAGGAAUUCCAGGUUGAGUAUGAGGACCGUAUAGAAGACAAAAUUCACCCAAUGAGAACUCGAUACCUUACGAAGAAGUCGUUCAUGCCGGACCAAGACGAGGCUCGUAAGGUCAAGAGAUUGAUCAAGCUCAUAAGGGCCGGCAUUAUCAAGCCUAAGGAGGAGAAGCCUGCGAAGGAGGAGGAAGAAGUGUUUGAUGCUUGGGGCGAUGAGGACGAGGAAGGGGAGGGCAGGAAGCUGAAGGGCCCAGCGCCAAUACCAGCUCCGAAGCAGGCCCUGCCUACUCACAGUGAGAGCUACAACCCUCCGGAUGAGUAUCUAUUCGAUGAUGCUGAGAAAGCUGAAUGGGAGGCCGGUGAUGACAGUAUUAGGAAGCAGAAUUAUAUGCCGCAGAAAUUCGCCUGUUUGCGACACGUUCCCUUCUACAGAGAUUUCCUCAAGGAACGUUUCGAGCGAUGCCUCGAUCUUUAUCUUUGUCCUCGAGUGGUGAAGAAGAAGAUGAAUGUUGAUCCGUUGUCGUUGUUGCCACAAUUGCCGUCACCUUCGGACCUCCGACCCUUCCCUACUACUGUGGGUGUCGACUUCAAGGGCCACCAUGAGAAGGUCACUGACAGCAGCUUCAAUGCUACUGGGGAGCUGUUGGCAACCUGUGCUGCUGAUGGGUUGAGGAUAUGGGAUACACUCAGUGGAUGCUGCCUUCUGCAAAGGAUGGUUGAAGUUGAGGUAGACGUGUCACCACUGUGUGUCUCGUGGCACCCUAAAUAUGCUGAUAUUCUGGCCGUGGGCACCAAUAACGGAACGGUGGAACUACUCAGGCCGCAGUGUGUGAAGGCAUCGCCGGCGGCAGAGGAGGAUGAGGAGAGUGAGGAUGAGGACGAGGAGGAGUCGGCCGGUCCGAGGCGACCGACGGCCAAUGCUGACCUUUUGGAGCCAGUUGAGGAUGGGGAUUGGACUGCCGUUAGCGAUGCUCCAGGGUUUGAGGGUCUUCUCAUUAAGGCUGAUGAACGCGCUGAUAUCACUAAACUAACGUGGCACCCUAAAGGAUGGUAUCUAUCCCAUGUGGCGCCCAAUGCGGUACAAGUGAGGUCUCAGUGUGUUAUACACAACCUGAGGUCUCAGAAGACUAUCAGACCGUUCAGCAAGUCGAAGGGUGGCAAGAUACAGGCCUCGGCCUUCCAUCCUCGGAAACCGCAGUUCUAUAUCUGCACUCAGAAGAAUGUCCGGCUGUAUGAUCUGAAGGCUCAGUCCUUGGUGCGUACCUACGUCUCGGGCGCUCAGCAUAUCAUGGCGAUUUCGGUCUUCCCUGGGACCGGUGAGCAUUUGACCAUAGUCAGUCAGGAUAGAAGAUUGUGUUGGUUCGAUAAUGAGCUUGGCAAUAAGCCUUGGAAGACUUGGAGAUAUCAUAAGCGAGUGGUUCGUGAUGUUGAAUUCCAUCCCUUGGCCGCGGGAAGGCUUCCUCUUAUGGCAACCUGCUCUGAUGAUGGCAGUGCUCAUAUAUUCCACGCGAAAGUGUACAACGAUGCUAUGUCGAAUCCACUGGUGGUCCCAGUGAAGAAGCUACGCCCUAAGGAUGGUGGUCGAAUUCUCUCUUGCUCGUGGCACCCUCAUCAGCCUUGGAUCCUCCUUACAAUGGGAGACGGUCGUGUCCAGAUGUGGGUAUAAGUUGAAGUUAUUCGGGAUGCUCCUCAACAACUGUCCCAACGUUUCUCUACCAGCAUU